AUGUUGAAAAAGCGGAGUUCCCGGAUCAGAUCAGCUUAUCUGAUGGCAGCGGAGGAGGAGCCGCCGGUGUCGAACUCACUCAUGGCGGCGAUCAAGCGCUCUCAGGCCAACCAGCGACGGCACCCGGAGUCGUACCACUUGCAGCAGAUUCACCACGGCGGCGGCGGAAGCGGAGCCCAGACGACGACGGCGGUCAUCAGGGUCGAGCUGAAGUACUUCAUACUCUCCAUCCUCGACGACCCGGUCGUGAGUCGGGUCCUCAACGAUGCUGGGUAUCGGAGCUCUGAGAUCAAGCUCGACGUGCUAUCUUAUUUUCUAAUUAGUUUCCUUCUUCUCUUCCUCUGUAACCUGCCGGAUUCGGACCCGGGCCGUGGCGGAUUCGGGUUCCCGUUUUGCGGGAACAGCGAGGUCGACGAGAAUUGCCGGAGAAUCGGCGAUGUAUUGUCCCGGAAAGAGAAGAAGAACCCUUUGUUAGUCGGAGUUUGCGCUAACGCAGCCAUGAAGACCUUCACGGACUUGAUGAACAGAGGGAAAUUAGGGUUUCUGCCUCUGGAGUUCACUGGGGUAAGCGUACUAAGCAUAGAGAAAGAGAUUAGUGAAAUUUUGGUCGAUGGGUCAAGAAACGAAGAAGAGACUCGGAAGAAACUCGAUGAAUUAGAUAGAAUCAUAAAGCAGAAAUGCGCGGGAUCGGGCGUGAUUCUGAAUCUAGGCGAGUUCAAGGGCUUGACUUGUGAAGCUUCUUCUUCUUCUUCCUCUUCCUCUUCUAAUGGCAAUGCUCUGGAGAGUCUCGUCUCGAAGCUCUCGAGUUUGCUGGAACUUCACCGAGGGAAUCUUUGGUUCAUAGGCUCAAUAUCCAGCAACGAGACGUUUCCUCAGCUGCUCGAUCGGUUUCCGACAAUAGAGAAGGAUUGGGAUCUUCAUGUUCUUCCCAUCACUUCCACUAAACCCUCGGGGGUUUAUCCGAAAUCCAGGUCCUUUUUCGUUUUACGUGCCCGUGUCUUUGUGUUUGUGCACUGCUUGAUGGGGUCAUUUGUACCGUUUGGAGGGCUUUUUGCCUCGACCUCUGAUUUCAGAGUUCCCUCAUUCGGCAACGCAACGAAUCAACCGAUGCCUCGAUGUCACCUUUGCAACGAGAAAUACGAGCAAGAAGUCGCAUCCUUUAUCAAGGUAGGUUCAAGCUUCUCGGCGGCUAAUCAGUGUUCCGAAAAGUUACCUUCUUGGCUACGAUCUGUCGAUCCCAAUUCACACAACAAGGGCAUAGACUCAAAGGUGCGUUUCUAUCUAGUUAGCUUGUCGUUGCCAUUAGGGGCAAUCUCUUGA